AUGGAAGUAGAGAAAAACGCCGCUCUUCCCUUCUUGGAUGUUUUGGUGGAGAGGAAACCAGAUGACACUUUAGGACAUCGAGUAUAUAGGAAGCCAACUCACACAGACAGGUAUCUGAAUGCACAGUCCCAACAACACCCAGCCCAAAAACAGGGGAUCAUAAAUACCUUGAUUCAUCGAGCGCGGAUCAUCAGCGAGCCAAGACACCUGGCCGAAGAACUAGAACACCUACGCACGGCCUUGAGAGGGAAUGGCUACAGGGCGAGAAAUAUAGAACGAGCUAACAGAAGGAGACAUACACCCAUUGAGAGACAGGAGUACUUAGCGACGACGUAUCUACCUUACGUGAAAGGUUGUAAAGAUAAAAUCGGGCGUCUUUUUAAGAAGAGGAAUAUCAACACAGUAUUCCGUACUGUAAGGAAGGUGGCGGCAGCGUCUCCAAAGACCUGCAACAACGACCAGCUCCAGGGCCCCGGUGUGUACAGUAUUCCUUGCUCUUGCGGAAAGGUCUACAUAGGACAAACAGGAAGGCACAUCAACACGAGGUUAAAGGAAAACAAAAGUCACCUCAAAAAUAACAACACAGUGAAUCUGAGUGAAGCCAACAUGGUGGUGAGAGAGAGAAGAUUUGGGCCCCGACUAUACAGAGAAGCUUUAGAAAUUUACAGAAAUCCGAACAACUUCAACAGAGAUAGUGGCGUGGAUCUGCCAGGUAUAUGGAAGAGAGUAAUUCGUGAAAGCUCGAACAUCAACAACGCGUACGAGGUCACCCACCGGAACAUCAUGGACCAGUGA